AUGGGUAGCAAACCACAAGAAUUCGUCUUCGUCAAUGGCCCUGCAUUGGCUGGCGGUUCCAACGCACAUUCUCGAAAAAUUAGGUCAGCUCUGAUAAGACGGCGUAUCUCUGAAAAGCAAACAAAUUAUCGCCAUGAGGAAGCUACUAAAAGGGAGAAGUUGAUUGACCAGAGAAAGGUACAGGGGGGCCAUCAUCAGCAUGCAUUCAAGAAGCUUUGCCCCUGUCGUAGAGAAUUCCAGGGCUCUGGUUCCGACCAAACUCAAACAGGCCACCAUAGGAGCCCAACGUUCCUCGUCACUGGCGAUGGGGCUACAGUUUGUGGGACCUGCACUUUGACCUCCAUAUGGCCCGCAUUUCGGCAAUCAAACUAUGCCGGGAGUUGUUAUCAAGCUUGGAUUCAGCAAUCAUCUCUGAAUAAGCUCCUCAUUUAUAGCACCUUGUGGGCCGCGUCCUAUCACAGGGAUAUAUUACGGAUUAGCUACGGUGCUCCUGACCCGGCGUUGGAGACCAAAGAGCAACUGUACUACAAAGGCCUUGUCCUAAACACUCUACAUAACCAUGUAGCUAACUACACCAACGAGACUUGGCGUGACAGCGUCAUCAUGGCUGUGCUAUACCUUGCUGUUAAUGACCACGUCAAGGGAAAAGUAGCGCGAGACGCGAGUCCGUUCACUCCUCCUUUUGUGGACUUACAGUCUCUCUCAUUCUACGGUAGUAGGGAGUAUCAUUCUAUGCACUGGACAUUCAUCCAGACCCUUCUAGAUCGCCUGGGAGGUAUCCACACCAUCAGGCUGUACGGACUAGGCUGGCUGCUAUCAAUUGCGGAUUUGAUGUUCGCCGCCCAUUCCUUGACGAAGCCUCAGUAUCCCUUGGUAGACGUACAGGGAAAUUUAGCCAACCUUUCUUCGCCGCUACAAGCCUUUGGCAUCGUACCAGAACAGCCAUCUCUACCCGGAUCGGGAUUCCGAGAGCUUUUGUCACUUACACCACCCAUAAAAGAAAAGAUCGCAACCACUUUUUUUCAUUUGGGCGAAUACUCGAAUGUAAUCCAAUUAUUUUCCCAUCGCAACUUGGAUGUUUCAACCCUCGACUUGAUUGCAGACGUUCGAAACCAAGUACACCAUGGUUUGUUUAGCCUACCGGACGAGCAUACCUUACCUGAUUGCAUUAUCGAUCAACCGGAUGAACUUUGUGAUAGCUCCCAGUCUCUCGAGCUCUAUCACGCUUGCAGGCUCUCUGCUCUGUUAUACGCACUCCACGUCACGUUCCCAGUCCCUAAGUCUUCUGCACUCCGAGCCGUUAUUAUCCCACCGCUUACCGAGAAACUCCAUCACGUUAGUCAGAAGAUGUCUAGUACACUGAUUCUAUGGUGUACCACAGUGGCUACUAUUGCAGCAGAGGGCAUGACCCAACGCCAGUCCCUAGUCCAGCUCAAUGACAAAGUCCGUCUGGACUUGCAGAUAUAUCAGUUGACUCACGCUGUAGAAAUACUCCAUUCCUUUGCCUGGACAGACGCCGCGUGCUUGGAUGGGCUUUAUAGAAUUUGGGACGAGAUAACGCAGUUUGGCAGAAGAGGUGUCCUACCAUAAUUACUAAGGGCCUCAUAGCACCGAGCCCCAAUGCAGAUCUCGGAGUACUGAAGAAGGUUUCAGAAAGCACUCUAAACCAAAAACUCAGUGGGAUCUCACAAGCCCCUGGGCCAGGACAACCUACCAGCGUCUGGUUACCCAAUGCUCGUCAAGGUGGGUACCAAGAUAUAUAACGUCCGCCUCGUAGCCUCUCAAGGCAAUUAUCCUGUUCAUUUCUAUUUUGUUGGCUCCGAGUCCAUGUCAACCC